AUGGUGGUCUGCGGCUACACGUUGGGUCUUGUGGGAGAGGGGCACUUUAGGCCCGUUGAUUUGUUCAAGAGUCGCAUGUCGGGCGGGGAUCCCAUCAACACGCCGAGCAGCUCGUCUUCGGCCGGAUUUGCCGCCGAUAUGGGGCUGCAAAGAGCCCAGUCUUUCAACAUGCCGACACCAACAACGGUUGGAAAUGUGGUUCUGGCUGACGUCAAGGGCUAUGCUUCGGUGCCUAUUCCCGAGAUCCACCGAUACUUCAUGAAAGCUGCGUUAGAGUCCCUGACGACCUAUUUCUGCCGACAAAUAGGUGCCAUCGCCCUGAACCCCCGUGCUGUCCUGCUUCCACCCGAGGCUCUCAAUACGGACGAUGCCGACCAUGUCUCGGCCCUGGCGACCUUCCGGGUGUAUUUGACAACCACUGGAACACUUGUUAUCUCGCUCAAUGUUUCCCUCUCCAAGAGCCUGGUUGCAUGUUCACGGCCUUUUCAAGGUAGCAUGAUGCCUCCCAGUCCAAUUCUAGCCGCCCCAUUUGGACAUUUUGGAACCUUGCAGGGCAUUCUUGAUACGGAUAACCAGGGCACUGAAAAUGGGUUCGUUCAGUCCCCAGAUACCCAGAUUGGCCGGUUAAGGUCUGGGUCAGGGGAAAGGUUUUCUCAGUGGAAGACGUUGGUCUGCGAAGUCUUGAAAAUGCAUGGCAUGUCAUCCAGCAUCUUGAAUGGAUGCUCGUGGUUAAAUGUCCACUUUUCGCAAAGGAAACCAUACGAACAGCGAGGCGACGGAAAGAAUACACCGCUCGUCAACUCGGGUCCAAAUGCGCCAUGGCCAUCUGUUUUGUGUUUUCGAAGAGCAAGGGUGGAGCCAGUGAGCGAUGUCGACUUUGACAAGGCGGUGCCAGGGAAUGCUGGAGAGCAUGGUGAUCCUCUGAGCAUGGUGAAGAGUUGGUGUCAAGGGUUGUCUAAGCGAGAGGAGGAUAUGUCACAAAGAAAAAAAGAACGGGAAGCUGCGCUUCUUCGUGAAAAAGCCGAAGUGGACGGGAGAAAUAUCCAGCUUAACGGUCACUCGCCAAUGAACCCCCGGCGACCAAGUAACGCAGGACCAGCUCUAACAGCAGCAGGCGUCAUGUACCCGACACCGCCGGAUGGAGUUCUUCAGCCAGGAGUUAUGCCCUUGUUCGAUGGGACAACGGUCAGCCCAGCGAAUCUCCCCCCCCAAAAUGUGGUGGUCGAUAUGGAAGUAAAUAUACAACAGGAUGUUUCAAUGACGGAUGGCUUUGGUGUUGGAUGGGAUGGUCAGGAGUCGAAACCUGAACCGACAACGGCUGGGUUCACAGACGAGCAUAUGUAUGGCGAUUUGGACGAGGAUAUGUUUGGAGGAAACGAACUCACGGAUGCCGACUUCAGCUUCUUUGAUCAGCCAGCGGAUAAUCUGGAUCUAGACUCUCAUCAAGUGGACGGCACCGGGCCUUCUAUGGACCUCCAGUUAACGAAUAACACAGCGGCUCAAGAACCCGGACGAGCUACCCAAGGACCGAAUAGUCGUCAACCAGGCCCUACAAAUGCACAACCACAGUUUACGAAACCCGAACUUAAACACGCUCGCAGUAUUCUCGCUGAGAGUCGACAGCAAAUAAACGCCCAAAAUUUUAAUCAUAAUUCGGCAGUGGGUAUCAAGAGGCAGACCAGUCCCUUCAACCCAGAAACUGUCUUCAAGAAAAUCAAAGCCUCCCUUCAGCCAGUACCUCCCUCACGGGUGGCACCCAAAGGCGGUCCUCCGCGGCGCCGGAGCGUGUAUGAGAGGGUGGAAUUCAACCCUGCCCUUUCACUUGAUAGCGUCAAGUAUCAAGCGAGCGGACCAUUUACGUACCAGCCACCAACACUAAACAGCUAUCUGCCAAACGAGGGCCCUCUAACCACCGGUCGCCUGCUCGGAUCUGCCAAACAACGGCGAAACAUCAAAGAGUUGUCGUUUGAUCUGCUUGGCUUACAGAAGAGGAUCAACGGUGCAGGUGCCAGUCCAGCCAAAAGAGACGAAGGACUCUCGGAUGACGACGAAAGUAGUUUGGAAUCGGAUGAUGAUACGACAAGCAAUGUCAGCGCACGCGCCUCUUCUCCAGCAAAGUCGAGUGUGCUGAGAAGGCGGCCUGACGAUGAUGUUAUUUCCAUGGCGGCUUCGUUCAAGGACCUGGAGAAUUAUGCCACCGACUCCCCCGGUUACUCUCCGAAUGACUUGAUCCGCCUUUCCAACUCGGAAGUGCCAGAGUUGUCGCUGACGAGGUGGUUUGCAGACCCGGAGCCGGUGCCACUCCGUAUAUCUGUCUCGGACGAUGAUUUUAUUACUGUUGCGCAGGUCCUUACCGAGCAAGCGGCUGGUGGGACUUUGAGAUUGGAGCCAGAAAGACCAUGCUCCGAGAUCCGGGACACACGUCAGGGGUUGGUAGAUGCCAUUCGGUACUCUAUUCAGGGACUUCAACGGGCUUUGCCACGGGCACUGAUGGGUGCGACUGAGUGCCAUUUUCGGGCGUUUGCUGAGGUUCAGGAUGUGCCAUUAUUGGUUCAGCCAGUCCAGCCACAGAGUCGGGUGCAAAUGAGGCCGGCUGAUCUAGGCAGGCCAACAUUUCAAAUACUGCCAGUACCCCAUAUUGAAGUCCGUCGCAAUAAUGGCCAGCUAGCGCUGUUACCUUCAGCACUUACCUUCUGGGAGAGCUUGGGUCUUGGUCCAGCGCAAGGUGCCAAAGAUGUUGUCGCUGUGUGCGUGUUUCCACACGGAGAAGGCAUGCGGGACAAUGCUACCGUCUUCUUGGAGAGGAUGAGAAGCAUGUACGAGUUGAUGAAUUUUGGAAGUCAUGCCAAGCUGCCCACGACGGCGAGUAUUGUGGACGGGCUUGUCUCUGUCCCAAUCGAUCAGGGGUUUGUCUCUCCCGGUAUGCAUCUUUCCAGGCCUCACUCAAUCUACACCGACCACAUGGCCAACUUAGCCCUAUCACUCGCCAACGUGCCUAUGACGGAGAAGAACUUUGUCGUGUAUUUCGCAUACAACCCGGAAAACCCGACGUCCAUCGUGGAUUCCUGCUGCGCCUUCCAGGAGUUAUUUGAACAUUACAAACGCUGCAUGCUAGAGAGGAAAAAGCAGAUCCUCAACGAACUCGUCCUCCAACUCAUCCCGCUCGACCUCAUUGCGUCGGAUACCUCGAUGGUUGUCUUGCCAACGCCAGAGUGCAUGCGCCUCUGCAUCGAAACCAGCGACCGCUGCACUCAUAUUACGUGGUCCCAUGCCCGCCCCGGCAAUCAUCCUCGAGAGCGCCCUGCCCAGGGAAGUCCCCUUUCGAAUAUCCCCCACCCCGUCCCCGGACGUCCUCCACGAAAACAGCCACAUGCAUGUCGCCUACGCGCAAAGCACAGACGAGCGCUGGGUGACGGCAGCGUGGACCGACCCCCGCGGCCAAAAGUGAUAUCCGAAAUCUGGGAAACGACCUAUGACCUCAUCUCGUCGUGUAAAGUCUCGUGGAAAAUCAUCGUCACCAAGUCAGGCGUGAUGGAACCCCAGGAAGCGGACUUGUGGAUCGCAAAAAGUCAGGACGAGCACAGGGUUGUGACGAGCUUGACGCUCGUGGUGGUGGAUGCGAACCCGAGCUUGCAGCUUGUGCCGCCGGUGGUGAGGGUGCCGCCUGCUGGGGUGCAUGCCGCGUUUUAUACCACGCCUGUGUCGACGCCGCAGCCGUUUUCGGUGCUGUCGCCUGAACAGGGGAACAAUAACCCGUCUACGCCGACGGUUGUGAGUAGUAGUCAUAAUAACCCGGCGACGCCGAAUGAUAAUACCAAUAAUGAUGGUGGGCAGGGGGGGGAUGGGAAUGGGGUCGAGAGGACGGUGGUUGAUGUUUGGGAUAGUGUUUACUCUGUUGUUGUCGCGCAUAGGCUGAGCAAUAGUCUGGGUUUGACCGAGAUUAAUCCUGCUUGGGCGAGCGUGUAUUUGGUGAGGAGGAAUGCGAGUACGGGGGGAGGA